AUGACGCGCGAGGCUCGAGCAUCGAUACUGAUGACUGACCGAAGACGGCAUGAUGGAGCUGUUCCGUGGGGGCACACAGUUGGUGUCGAUUCGCAGCCUGCGCAAAAAGGUCAUAAGGAGGAAUUGGGCUGGUUUUCACACUCCAAGCUUGAGAUAGCCGUCCAAGAGGCGGUUACAAAAGAAGCCGCCGCUCGGCAGGAUACGGAGCUUGGUCGGUUGCUGGAGGUGUACCGGAAAGAGCUGCUCGCCCUGUAUCAUGAUUCUAUGCCAUUUCUCGCAGUAUCUGUUCAUUGGUGCUACCCGAGCUCUCGAACAAGCCCGGGCUAUAGUGGUGAUCCUGAACCUUCCCGAUCCGGAUGGUUGAUCCGGGGACUCUAA